AUGAUUAAUAAAGAUGAUAAAAUGAAUGAUGAUGAAUAUGAUGAAUAUGAUGAAGAUAAAAAUGGGUAUAAAGCUUCAGAAUUUGAAUUUGGUCAAGCUUUUGAAAAAGCUGCUAAAAAUGACGAUCUUGAAUUAAUUAAAUACUUUCAUGAAUUAGGAGAUUCAGAAUAUGAAUUUAAUUCUGCUGUUGAAAGUGGAAAUCUUGAAAUAAUAAAAUAUUUACAUGAAUUAGGGUACAGAGAUUCAGAAUAUGAAUUUAAUUCUGCUGUUGAAAGGUAUAAAGCUUCAGAAUUUGAAUUUGGUCAAGCUUUUAAAAAAGCUGUUGAAAAUGGCAACCUUGAAUUAAUUAAAUACUUGCAUGAAUUUGGGUACAGAGCUUCAGAAUUUGAAUUUGGCCAAGCUUUUAAAAAAGCUGUUGAAAAUGACAACCUUGAAUUAAUUAAAUACUUGCAUGAAUUAGGGUACAGAGCUUCAGAAUUUGAAUUUGGCCAAGCUUUUAAAAAAGCUGUUGAAAAUAACAACCUUGAAUUUCUAAAAUACUUGCAUAGAUUAGGGGUGUAA